GUCAGAUCCACAGCGUUUCAGCUUCCAGCCAACGACUAGUGGACGAGCAGUUUCAGAUUCUCGCUCUCUCCCUCGCGCUGGCUCAAAUUUCUCUGCCACAAACCCUAAUUAGCCCUAAAUUUCCACUCAGAAGAGUUCAAGAAAUUUCAUUUCCAGGUUCUCUCCCAUGUCCUCCUCCUCCGAUUCGAGCUCUUCAGCUUCCGCCGACGAGAACGCCGACCGAGAUCCCGGCUCCGGUUCUCCCGAAUCCAUCGAGGUCCGUUUCUCUUCGGUCGCAUUGACGGAGCCCGACGCCGAAUUCCCGGAUUUGGCGGCGGAGCAUCAGGAAGUCGAAAACGGCGUCGAUUAUGCGUCGGCUGGCGAGAGCGAUCGCCAACUGAUCGAAGGCAAUGACGAGGAGGAGCUGGUGAUUGCGGCUGAGGAAGAGAUUCAGAGCAAUUCCGGUGAGGCGGAGGUGAGCGAGGGCUUGGCGCGGGGCGGUGUUGUUUUGGGUAGGACCAUUUCGGAGCUGGACGUGGAGGAGCCCUCGAGCCCUAGCAGUAGCGGUUAUGCCGGUGAGAGGGGAAGUAGCGGUGCGAGUAGUGGCGGUGGUUCUGGAAUUGAUGAGGUCGGCGAUGAUGAGAUACAGGAGGUGAGGAGUGAUGCUGUUGAUGGAGUCUUGGAUUCUGGAGCAACGUGGGCGCCAGGGAAGCGCCAUCCGGAUGAGGAUGAUGCUUCAGUAUCGUGGAGGAAAAGGAAGAAGCAUUUCUUCAUUCUUAGUCACUCUGGCAAACCAAUAUAUUCAAGGUAUGGUGAUGAGCACAAGCUAGCUGGAUUUUCAGCAACACUGCAAGCUAUUAUUUCUUUUGUUGAGAAUGGUGGGGAUCGUGUCAAGCUAGUAAGGGCUGGGAAGCAUCAGGUGGUUUUUCUUGUGAAAGGACCGAUUUAUUUAGUAUGCAUCAGCUGUACAGAAGAGCCUUAUGAGUCACUGAGAGGCCAAUUGGAACUAAUGUAUGGUCAGAUGAUACUUAUUUUAACAAAGUCAGUAAAUAGAUGUUUCGAGAAGAAUCCAAAGUUUGAUAUGACACCUUUGCUUGGGGGAACAGAUAUUGUUUUCUCCUCCCUCGUCCAUUUGUUCAGUUGGAACCCGGCCACAUUUCUUCAUGCAUACACCUGUCUUCCCCUUGCUUUUGCAACAAGGCAAGCAGCAGGUGCCAUAUUGCAAGAUGUGGCUGAUUCAGGUGUUCUGUUUGCAAUACUAAUGUGCAAACAUAAGGUUAUCUGUCUUGUUGGUGCUCAAAAAGCUUCACUUCAUCCGGAUGAUAUGCUGCUACUCGCCAACUUCGUUAUGUCUUCAGAAUCAUUUAGGACAUCUGAAUCUUUUUCUCCAAUUUGCCUGCCAAGAUAUAAUGCCAUGGCUUUUUUGUACACUUAUGUCCAUUUUUUUGAUGAGGAUACGUACCUGAUGUUGCUUACCACCAAUUCAGAUGCCUUUUAUCAUCUCAAAGAUUGCAGGAUGUGUAUUGAGAAGGUCCUUUUAAAGUCGAAUGUUCUUAGUGAAGUUCAAAGAUCCACGCUAGAAGGUGGGAUGCAUGUUGAGGAUUUGCCUGUAGAUCCAUUACCUCGCUCUGGAUCUUUAUCUCGUUGGGGUCAUGCAAAACUUCCAACAGAUUCUCCUGAGAGGUUCAGGGAAACAUGUGAUUGUGUAGGUGGUCCUGCUGGACUUUGGCAUUUUAUGUACCGCAGUAUAUUUCUAGAUCAAUAUGUAUCAUCUGAGUUCUCAGCACCAAUUAGUAGUAGAGGGCAGCAGAAAAGGUUAUAUAGAGCUUACCAGAAGCUUUAUGCUUCCAUGCAUGACGGAGGAAUUGGUCCUCACAAAACCCAAUUCAGAAGAGAUGAAAAUUAUGUUCUGCUCUGUUGGGUCACGCAAGAUUUCGAACUUUAUGCAGCAUUUGACCCACUUGCAGACAAGGCAUUGGCUAUAAAGACCUGUAACCGGGUUUGUCAGUGGGUGAAAGACGUGGAAAAUGAGAUUUUUUUGCUGGGAGCAAGCCCCUUUUCAUGGUGAUAUUCCAAAAAUACUCUGUCCUAAACAGCAUGUACUAUAGUCAUUGUUUUACGUAAAAAAUAAGUUUUUUUUUUUCUUUUUUGGUUGUGUUCACACGUAUUGCACAUUAAUUGGAAGAUGCUUAUGGUAAAAUUCCUAAUUGGUUACUUCGACCUUUUAAAGAUUUUGAUUUUGUUACAAAGAGCAUUCCUAAAACAUAAUUUGUAAUCAAUUGUUCAUUUUCCACACACAUUGGCUACCACCAAGGCACCAACGAUGCCAUAACUGCUAGUUCGGAGCAUAUAUAUUUUUUUGU